AUGAGGACCGGGCAGAAAGCUCCCCUGCCAACAAGCCGACCUGAAGUGGCGGAAGUGGUCCAUGACCAAACGGCCCUUGAAACUGAGCAGUAUGGUCCAAUGGACAACUCGCAGAUAACUGAGAACGAAGCACUUUUAUCCAUUGAUUUAUUGACAUCAGGAUCCGGUGUCGACGUUUUUGGUACUGAAUCUUUGCAGUGGCCGGACGUAGGAGCUCCCAUAUUCCCAUCACUCGAGGAUCAGGACUCCAGUCUUUUCCGAUAUUACUUCUCGCUCAUCUGUCGCAUUAACUCAUGUUUCGAUUCCGAUAAGAACCUCUUCCGUGUCGGGGUUGGGGAGCUUACCAAGUCUUGUCCGCUCAUUCACCACUGCAUCCUAUCGAUGUCAGCGGCUCAUCGAUCCUGUCAGCAGGGUGACUUGGCGACAGCCGCCUUGGAUCACAGAACGAAGGCGAUAUCCUGUCUGCGAGCGGAACUAAUCAAGCAAAAUGGGGAAAAUGACUCAUAUAGCACUUCCUCUGUGGCUAAAGAAGAGACGUUACUCGGUAGUAUACUGCUAGGAAUGACUGAGGGAUGGCACAAUCCUUCCCAGCUCGGCAUCACGCAUUUACAUGGCGCGCGAGGACUAUUCAUAUCAUGGAUAGCGGAUAACCAAAAAUCCACUGGCCCAUGCUCCCAGAUCCACUCAUCGCCUACCAGAAGCUUUAUGGUCGGCAUUAUGGCGUACUGGGAAGCCAUGGCAUCGUUCGUGAUAGAUCAACCGCUUGAUGUAGUCGCGUACUUAGAGCUUUUUCUCGAUCGAGACGAAAUGAGCCACAUCCAUCCAAACCCUUGGACUGGCAUCUGCACUCCGCUCUUUAUAUACCUGGCCAAAGUGGGUAUACUCGGGAGGCAAAAGUCUAUGCUCAAGAAAUUGUCCAUCACAAAUGCGGGUGCUGGAUUUCGAGAUAAAUUGCAAAGCACCCUGGUCGAACAGGCCCGGGAAACAGAAAAGGCUGUGUUGCGAUACAGGCUUCCAGCCGACAACCGCAUUGAAGAUACUGGAGACAUUCUGACGCCGGUCCACCAUUUGCACCAAGUAGCUCAGAUUUACCGAUUCGCCACCAUCCUCGAGCUCUACCUGUCUUUUCCGGAGUUGCUCCCUGAACCGACCGCAAACGCUGCUGCAGCGCCGUCAAAUAGAUCCAUUGAUAAAGUCCUUACGCUCGCUUCGAGCGUGUUAACACUCAUCCGUACCAUCCCGUCCUCCUCGGGUGCAAAUGUUCUCCUUAACGCUCCAUUGAUCAUAGCCGGAAGCACACUACAACCAACUUGCAGGCGUAUUGAUACCGAUACCGGACGACAUGAUUCUUCAUGGGACGUACUGUACAUGGAACUGCUCUCUCUAUCCAGUCAAGAAGACGUGUACUUACAUUGGCGUGACUUUGUCCGAGAGCGGAUCGAAGGGCUUUACAGUCAUGUAGGCGUCGCUACAGUUCGUCGUGGUAUGGAGGUCCUUGACAAGGUCUGGACUAGGGCAGAUAUCAAGGCGCUUGUGGACGUGCCUGACGGGAUGGCGAAUGCAGCAGACUUGGUGAAGUGGACGGAUGUCAUGGUUGAAGAACGGCUCGAGACGAUUCUGGGAUAG